AUGAAGGAAAUGGGAUACGACGAUGCUCUACCUCCUGAUCAAGAGACAGUAUGGGAUGACAUCUUCUCAGAUUUCAAAGGGUUGGAAUCAAUCUCUCUCCCAAGAUCAGUAAAACCAUGUGAUGCUGUUGGCACGCCGGAAUUACACACAUUUUGUGACGCCAGUGGCAAGGCAUAUGGUGCAGUCGCGUACAUACUUUGGGAAACUCCAAAUGGAAUCUAUGUUCGCCUUUUGUCUGCAAAGGCGAGGGUAGCGCCAUUAAAACAAACAACUAUUCCGCGGCUUGAAUUGAUGGCGGCACUAGUUGGGUCGCGACUUGCGAGGACGGUCAAAUCUGAACUCCGUGAUGAACUUACUGUUUAUUUGUGGUCCGAUUCACAAAUAGUUCUACAUUGGCUCAAGUCUGAUUCCCUUAACUUGAAACAAUUUGUAGGAGUACGUGUAGCUGAGAUACAGUCCACAUGUGAGUCUAAUGCUUGGAGAUAUGUACCAACGUCCCAAAAUCCAGCUGAUAAUCUGAGCAGAGGCCUCACCCCAGAUGAAAUGAAUGGAAGAUGGAUGACAGGGCCAGUAUUUCUGCAGAAUGGAAAGGACUCCUGGCCUGCCCAGCCUGCAUUUGCCGCUCCCAAAUACGAUGAAGGAACAAAGAUGUCAUAUUCCAUCAAUGCUGUACAUGUAGCAAAGAAAGAGCCUCCAAUUGACUGUAAAAGGUUCUCCAGCUGGAGCAGACUUGUCCGUGUAACCGCCAUCUGUUACCGUUUCAUUCACAACCUGAAGUCCAAGGUCAGGAAACACGACAUCGCUACAGGGCCAGCGGAUCCAGAGGAAUUGGCUAAAGCAGAGCAGUACUGGAUAGAGGAAGCUCAAAGGGAUAUUGUAGAUGGGAAAAGAACUGUGCAGACUUGGCACCAUUUCUUGAUGGCAGUGUAA